AUGGCUUCAUAUCAUGACGAAGAGGAGGAUGAUAAUGUUGCUACCAAGUUACUUGUACCGACAUCAGGUGGAAGUGGUACUACUAACACUGAAAGUUUGAAUAAACAAUCUGAAAAUUCAGUAAUGAUGGGAAGUGGUGGUAAUCAAUCAUCGUAUGGUACUACUGGAUAUGGUACUGGUAAAGGUUCCAACAAUCAAGAGACUGAGGUCACAACUAUUGCAGCUUUUGCAAAUCUUGGAACUUAUUUCAGUUUGCCAAUUUCUCUGGUGAAUGACUUUUUCGGAGCAAGAGUUUGUUCCAUCGUUUCGGCAUUCCUCUUCUUUGCAGGAUACUUUUUAUUUUUACUCUUAUAUACUGGAAUCAUGCCAAAUCACUACCUUGUGGCUGGUCUCUUCUUUAUGAUUAUGGGUAGUGGUUCAGCUGGAGGUUAUUUGGCUUCAAUUUCAACAAAUUUGAAGAACUUUUCAGAGAAGAAUAGAGGAUUGGUUGUUGGUGUGUUGGCUUCAUGCUUUGGAUUGUCAAGUUUCGUCUUUUCAUCAAUUUAUACCUAUGUCUUUUCAGGAGAAUUGGAAGGAUACUUGUAUUUCACAGCAAUUUUUGGAACUGUUGUCAUUUUCUCUGGAUGUAUUUUCAUGAAUUCUAUUGCAAAGAAGGAGGAACCUAAAAAGGAGGCAGAAAAAACUCUCUUGCCACCACCACAGGAAGAAAUUCAAGAUCAACAACAAGAGGAAGGUGCAGUUGUGACCUAUGAGGAAGCAGCUGAACCACAAGUAGAAAAGAAGGUAUAUGCUGAUAUUAGUGCAAACAAGUCAUUGGAACCUCCAGUUAAUAAUCCUUUUGGAAUGCUCAUGACUCUGGACUUUUAUAUAAUGUUUAUUGUGUACAUGAUUGGAUCAGGAUGUGGUUUGGUUAUUAUCAACAAUUUGGGAGCUAUUGUCAUUGCUUAUGGAGGUUACAAUGGUCAACAAAAUUUGAUGGUUCAAUUAUUGUCAAUCUUCAAUUGUCUUGGAAGAAUUGCGUUUGGAUUUUUGAGUGAUAAAUUCCUUCUUCCAAAGUAUCACCUUACCAGAGUUACCUUUUUCAAUAUUGCUGUAUUGAUGAUGGGUGUUAUGCACUUUAUUUUUGCUUGGGCUCCAGUCAAUUCAUUGUACUUUUUCAUUUGUGUAAUGGGUUUCUUCAAUGGUGGUAUUUUCUCACUUGCACCAAGUUUCUGUUCUGAAAGAUUUGGAGCUAAAUAUUUUGGUAUGAACUUUUCAAUUAUGAAUUUGGCAGCUGCUUGUGGAAGUUAUGGAUUGGCAACAUUUGUCACUGGUCAAUUAUAUCAAAUUAAUAUUGAUGCACCAAGAACUACCACAUGUCAUGGCCAUGACUGCUUCCAAUUGACAUUCUUUAUCACAUCAUCAUUGUGUGGUUUUGCUUUCAUUCUAGGAUUAUUUUUACAAUAUAGAACGAGAUGGGUGUAUUGGAUUUUCUUCAGAAGAAGAAUUACCCAAUCCAAGAAACAAGUUUAAUCUCAUUAAAUUUAACUUAUUUUUCC